AUGACACCGCACCCAGAUGCCAUUGCCGACUGCGUGCUGUCGGCCUUUGCCCAGCUGCCAGAGAAGCGCAAGCCACGGCCGCGCAGCGAUGGCUCGCGCGAGUGGGUGCCGAUGAGCGGCAUUGUCUUAGCCAACGAUGGCAGGCUCUCAUGCGUCUCCUUGGGGACGGGCAUGAAAUGUCUGCCCCACAACAAGCUCUCUGCAGCCAACGGCAACAUCCUCCACGACUGGCAUGCUGAAGUCGUUGCCGUCCGCACAUUCAACCGCUUCUUGCUGGACGAGUGCUUACUCAUAUCGACACCCCCCUUUGCCCACUCCAGCUUCAUCCGCCAACGGUCGACUUCAGAGCGUUCUGAACAUGAGCCCCAACCAUUUACCAUCCGUGAAAAUGUGCAAAUCCACAUGUACUGCUCCGAAGCGCCCUGCGGUGACGCCAGCAUGGAGCUGACCAUGGACGCUCAAGAAGACGCAACGCCAUGGACCAGCGCGCCGCCAACCAUCUCGGCCGCCUCCGACGGCAACGGAGUACCGGCAGAGGGUGCAGGAGCACUUCGAGGCCGCUCCAACUUCUCCCUCCUCGGCGCCGUCCGCUGCAAACCCUCUCGUCCAGACGCCCCACCAACCCUCAGCAAGUCCUGCACCGACAAGCUCACCAUGAAGCAAGCAGUCUCUCUCCUCUCCUCCGUAACAUCGACUUUGUUGUCUCCCACGAAUGCAUACAUCCACUCUCUCAUCCUCCCCGAAUCGCAGUACGUGCCUGCAGCGUGCGAGCGCGCUUUCUCUCGGACAGGGCGAUUGAAGAGCCUCACGGACGAGACCAUCCAAAGCUGGAAGGGGGGCUACCGAUGGCAGCCCAUGACUGUCAGGCCCACAAAGCGAGAGUUCGUGUGGAGUCGACGGAGCGUCGCCGUGAGCGACAAGGCCGUCGCGAGCAACCUCAGCGCGGCAUGGACGCCCGCGUGGCAGGAAACGCUGAUUGGCGGCGUCCUGCAGGGGCGGAAGCAGUUGGAUCCACGGGGCGCGAGCAGCAUCUGCCGGCGCCGAGUAUGGAGUCUCGCGGUGCAGAUUGCGGGUCUCGCCGGUAGGCCGGCCGUACUCGAAGCGCUCACAAAGAGCACGUACGGCGACGUCAAGGCAAGCGCACUUCUGACCUCACGACGCACCGUCAAGAACGACACGCAAGUGCAAGCUCUCGGCGGCUGGGUGCAGAACACUGGAGAUUCCUCGUUUCCCUCAUCGUAG